AUGUCCGACAGCCCGGUCCUGCGGGAGUUCUAUCGCAUCAGCGCCGUACAGCUCGGCCUGCGCUGCGACUAUAUCAUGCGGACACUGCUGGCUGUCUCGGGACUGCACCUUGCUCACUACCGCCCUCACAUGAGAGACUACUACCAGUCUGUCGCCAUCACUCACCAUCAGACCGCGUCACGCGCAGCCAUGGAAUUAAUGUCCGAGUCGGAUAUCAGCCGCUCGACAGCCCAAGACCUUUUUCUCUUCUCUUCCCUGACAACCAUCUUCGCGCUCGCGAGUCCACGGAAAGAAGAUGGGUUCCUGCUCAUUGGCGAAAGCGGGUUUCCGGACUGGAUGUCCCUUCUGCAAGGGUCACACACUUUUAUUCAAAUCGCAGGCGUGGAAACCGAUGGACUAUUGUCUCCCGUCUUGACCCACGGCCGCGAACGCUGGCACGCACGGCAGAACAGCAACAAAGACCAUGACUCGCCUGCGCAGAAGAAUCUGGACAGCAUGCAGACGCUCAUCGCGAGCCACCAGUCCGACGAAAGCCUGCUCCAAACCUACGCGAAAGCCAUCGAGGAGUUGCAAAAGUCCUUCUCUCUCUCCGAUGGCGGCCGUGGUCGGGACCUCACCGAUGCUUUCGUGUGGAUUUUUGUGGUGGCCGAUGACCUGCUGCCCCUGCUGCGGGUACCGACGCAGGAGGCCGUCGCCAUAUUUUCCUUCUUCUGCGUCCUGCUGAAGAGACUCGAGACAAAGUCGUAUCACCUGCUGGACGAGGAACAUCGACUAUGGAUUCAAUGGCCCAUCGAGGAGAUGGGCUGGGUUUCCUAG